AUGGAGAGGAAGGAGAACCCUGACGCCAUGUUUGGAGAGACAUGGCUGUUCUUCGGGUGUCGCCACAGAGACAGAGACUACCUGUUCAGAGAGGAGUUGGAGGGCUUUGUUUCCAGCGGAGCACUGAGCCAUUUGAAGGUGUGUUUCUCCAGAGAUGAUCCGGAGGAAGAGGAGGAGGGAGAGGAGGAAGAGGGCUUCACCUCCGCAGCACCGCCCAGAUACGUGCAGCACAACCUGCUGAGAAACAGAAAACACGUCACCGACAUCCUGCUCAAACAGAAGGGCUUCCUCUAUGUCUGCGGAGAUGCUAAGAACAUGGCUAAAGACAUGAACGACGCGCUGCUGGACGCGAUCAGAGCGGAGCUGCAGGUGGAUCAGCUGGACGCCAUGAAGACUGUGGCCCUUCUGAGGGAGGAGAAACGCUACCUGCAGGACAUCUGGGGCUGAGCACAGAUGAGGACAUGUUGCUGCAGCCACUGGUCCUUUUAACACCUUUUGGAAGAGAAAAAAAAAAGCAUGCUCAGCUGUAACCUUCAUAACCGUAAAAUCGUGGAUGCUGGAGGUAGUUUACACCCCCACGGCCGACCCUGGGGUUUUGGUUCACUGCAUCAUCGGGGGCUUUGCUGUUUGAACAGAAAGGAUUCUGGGUCACAGCAAUACUGCAGCAGAUUGGUCCUGCAGUGUGAAAAUGCUUUUAGUGCAGACUCCUCCGCUCAUCCUGUCUGGGGAAAACAUUUUACUUUGUGAUGAGACUGGCAGCGCUCCGACCUCGAUAAAAAAAAACACAACACCCUGAAGUCAUCACACACAGGAAAGCCUUGAUAGUCAAUCAGGAAGUGGUUUUCUUUUUCUGCAACACGCUUCCACAGGUUACCUCUGAAGGGAUUCAGGGUCAAUUCUUUCAUUUUAAAGAACACAUAAAUCAUGAUUUGAAAAUUGUAUCUCAAUCCAAAAGUUGGUCGGAUUGGUUUUUGUUUUAACCACAAUUCUGUUGUACUUUUUGACCUAUUUUCGAGGUAAUUAAGACAGAUUUUAAUCCUACAAACAGUCCCAUUUUAUAGCCAAUCCUCACAUGUAUCAUUAUAAAAAAAGUCAAAAUAGCUCAAGAAAGAAACGAGGAAUUGAUUAUUCUUAGGAGAAAAAACAGUUUAAAAAGUCUUAAUAAUGUCUUCUUAAAAAAACUUCUUAAAAGUGAAUAAAACUCCUACCUGUUUUACACUCUGCAGGUGGAUGGGGUCACAUAUUUAACACACAGAUAUCAACAUGAAACUUCCCACCUUCAUUACUGACAUUAACAAAACUAUCUUUUAUAUUACAAGUUUUCUGACAGGUUAUGUUUAAAUAUGCAAAUGAGGCAUUAUAUAAGGGGAGUUUAGGAGAAAUCUGCAGACAGAGUUAGAGAAAUAAACUCCUAAAUGUGGAUUUGAGACGUUCUCUUUCCACUCGUCUGAAGGAAGACGAGGCAUGGGAAGCAACAAAGUGCUUUGUACAUGUCUUUGCCUGUAGUGUCUCAGAUGCAGUUUCACAUUUGGCCCUCAUCCUCUUCCGUAGUAGAUGUGUUUAUUUACAGCGGGACUAAAGGAAGAAGGACGGAGAUGAAGCAGGUUUCUCUGAUGGUGUUCAGCUUUCAUUCUCUCUGUGGUGGUGUCUGAUCAAAUGGAGAUGUGUGGUUAUUUUCUCUCUCUGCUGUUCAUUAGGAGAUGUCCUGUGAGCUUUCAGUGUUUCACACACACGUCACAGAUCGUCCAUUUUAUUUUUGUCUGAAACAAAAACAGCGAUCUUGACAUAAAUGAUAUCAGUAACCUUUAGUUCACUGACGAUCUGUAUCAUGAAGUUUGAUAAGGAUAUAUUUACGCCUUGAAUCACGUUAAUGCAAACACGCUCUCUGUGCAUGUUGCUUUGGACAGCAGAUGUUUCCAGGAUGUAUCAAAAGCUUCUAGUUUUUAAAACCUGGUAGAAAGUGAAAAGUGUAUUAUAUCUUCUGUUUCCUCUGCUUCAGGUUCUGUGUUUGCACAUUUAUAUGCCAAUCGAUGCCUGUAUAUGGAUUUUUCUCCUGAGGAUAUUUUAGGUUAUGAAAGUUAAUAAAAAUGAAACUCUUGA